AAUUAUUCAUUCUCUAUAAUCUUCAGUUAUCCAUAGGUUUUCAAAUUUUGUAUGUGAUUAAAACGGCAUGGCCGGCGUACCGCCGAAAGAACCGGACCAUGAUCGAGAAUUGCGGGAGAGAUUGGAAUUAAGCCAGGAUGAACUCCGAGUGCUGCAACAAUGCAACGUGGAGAGCUUCUGGUAUCGCUCGUUCCCUUUUGCCAUCGGGCUAUCGGUCCUGGCUCACCUUGGCAUUCAAAAAGGAUAUUGGAGGGGUUCACCGAGAUUCGGAUCGACGCCUAAAGUCCUGCUUGCCACCUUAGUCGGAUACAUAGCAGGAAAGUUCUCGUACCGGGACAAGUGCGCAGAAAUGAUAAUGGAGCUACCCAACAGUCGCAUAGCAGAAACUCUCCGCCGUAACCAACAAAAUGCCGGACGCCCUCCCAUCCCGAAUGAAGAAUUGUCUGUUCCGGUUUACUCCGAACCAACGUCCAAGCAGAUCGCAAGUCGCAGAGCUCGAGAUGGGUCAGUGCGUGACUUGGACGAUUAUCGUAAACCGGAUUUGGACUGUAAAUUGUCUGUUCCGGUUUACUCCGAACCAACGUCCGAGCAGAUCGCGAGUCGCAGAGCUCGAGAUGGGUCAGUGCGUGACUUGGACGAUUAUCGUAAACCGGAUUUGGACUUGAGUUCAUUUCAGGAACGACCACCGGAAGCGUCAAUGAUGAAAGAAGAGGAAAACCAGAGCAAAGAUGUUCAAGGCUUAUCGUAUGAUGAACUUCGUAGGAGAAAUCGAUCUGAAUUCGAAACGAAGAAGUACGAGCAGAUGAAGCGUGAUGUAACGGGUCCACUUGCAUCUUCAGCAGCUCCUGAUCCGGAGAAGCCAAAGAAGGGUCGUACUACAAAUGCUUACGGUGAUGAGUGGGAAAAGUGAGGUAGAUUGCAGCUGAAUCACCUGCAGUGUUCCCUCUAGUGAGCCCCAUUUGUCGAUUCUGUUUGUGAUUUUUGACUCCCUAUCCAAGGGUUUUCUCUUUAAUUGGAGUCAAGAUGAUCUAUGAGUGGUGAAUGAAAUCGUUCGUGCGUUGUUGAGAAGCGUUCCUGUUACUACGCUGUUAGUGAGAUAUAGUUGAGGAUGCUCAAGAAAAA